AUGGCCGAGUCACACCUGCUGCUGUGGUUGCUGCUGCUCCCCACACUGUGUGGCCUGGGUGCUGCUGACUGGAGUGCCCCAUCCCUGGCUUGUGCCCGGGGCCCCGCAUUCUGGUGCCAAAGCCUGGAGCAAGCACUGCAGUGCAGAGCCCUGGGUCACUGCCUACAGGAAGUCUGGGGCAAUGCAAGAGCUGAUGACCUCUGCCAGGAAUGUCAGGACAUCGUCCGCAUCCUCACCAAGAUGACCAAGGAGGCCCUCUUCCAGGACAUGGUGCGGAAGUUCCUGGAGCAUGAGUGUGACGUUCUCCCCUUGAAGCUGCUCACGCCCCAGUGCCAUCACAUGCUUGGCACCUACUUCCCAGUGGUGGUUGACUACUUCCAAAGCCAGAUUAACCCAAAGAUCAUCUGUAAGCACCUGGGCCUGUGCAAGCCUGGGCUUCCAGAGCCAGAGCAAGAGUCAGAGCUGUCAGAUCCACUGCUGGACAAGCUGAUCCUCCCUGAGCUGCCUGGAGUCCUCCAGGUGACUGGACCUCAUACACAGGAUCUCUCUGAGCAGCAGUUGCCCAUCCCCCUCCCGUACUGCUGGCUCUGCAGGACUCUGAUCAAGCGGAUCCAAGCUAUGAUUCCCAAGGGUGUGCUGGCUGUGACUGUGGGCCAAGUGUGCCACGUCGUACCCCUGGUGGUGGGCGGCAUCUGCCAGUGUCUGGCUGAGCGCUACACUGUCCUGCUGCUGGACGCGCUGCUGGGCCGCAUGCUGCCCCAGCUGGUCUGCGGCCUCGUCCUCCGGUGCUCCCACGAGGACAGCACUGGGCCAGCUCUGGCAUCUCUGCCCAGUGAAUGGUCACCCCAAGAGUCCAAGUGCCAGCUCUGCAUGUUUGUAACCACCCAGGCAGGGAACCACAGUGAGCAGGCCACGCCACAGACAAUACGCCAGGCCUGCCUCAGCUCCUGGCUGGACAGACAGAAGUGCGAGCAGUUUGUGGAGCAGCACAUGCCUCGGCUGCAGACCCUAGCAUCCGGGGGCAGGGAUGCCCACACCACCUGCCAGGCCCUGGGGGCGUGUAAGACCACGUUCAGUCCUCUCCAGUGUAUCCACAUUCCUCACUUCUGACAAGGACUCAAAGCCAUGCCAGGCCACAACUCAAAGCUCCUGAGGGAUCCUGACAGCACCAUCUCAAGAAUGGCCUCUCUCACUCCCUCUCCUCAGAAUCCCGCCACCCCCACCCUCCCCACCCCUGUGCUAGGCCCAGCUCCCACCUCCCUUGCCCUGCCCCCAGCCUCAGGGGGUUCUGCAGCUGAUCUUCAGGAUUUGAUGUACCCAGGCCAACCUGUCCUGAAGUUCAGGGGAGACCAGACUUUGCUGCACAAUGAUGCUGUCCCCUUGGAAGCCAGGAACCCCAACAUCAUCUGACUCCUUCCUGAGACACAUUUCUCUCUUCCUGGCUGUCAUUGUCUAAGUCAGAAAUAGUACCUUAGGAUGGAGCAGUAGUCAGAUGCAGCCUCUGUGACCAGGGGCCUCGGGGCAGGGAAACAACCCUGAGAGGAACAGACAUAGCAAUUGUGGGCCAGAAGAAUCCCUGAAAGCAAACUUGGCCUACUUCACCACUUGCUCAGAGCCAUCUCCUAACAUGGUGGUCACAUUCAUCCUGUUCACUCAUUUUUUUAAAAUGUAGUGGGUACCUAUGGAAUGGCCACGUUUUAGGUGCAAGGUCUAUUAACAGCUGUGAAUAAAACAAUGAACCCCGUGCCCCCCUGGAGCUCAGGCCCCAGGUCCAACUCUUCUACCUGAGUGGGAAAUCCCAGGCCUGUUCCUGAAUCUCCCUAGAAUUGCAAGCCCCUGUGGGAGGCAGUCAGGGGGAAAGUGUCCGCCCUCAGACCUAUCCCACAGGGACCAAAUUAACGCUUUCCCUCUACCCUGAUGACAGCUAGGGGAACCCAGGGGCUGGGGAGCUGCCCAGGAGACCAAGGCAGUCUCCUUUCCCCAGCUCCUAGGGCUUCCAGCACCAGAAGAUCUGGGCCUUCCAUCCCUGUUGAAACAGGAAAAGCAAUGGAUUGGCCCAGAAGGCCCGGGCUCUGGUUCCAACUCUGUCAUCAACUGACCAUGGGUCCCCAGCCAAGAUAAUGUUGCCCCCUCUCUGGCUCUCAUUCUCCUCAGCAGCAAAGUGGGGAUCAAAUACGGUGGUUUCUGGGGUUCUUGGGCUCUUUCACAUGACAAGUCUCCUCCUCAAGCUCCCUUGCCCUCUGCCCACACUGGGAAGAAGCCUUCACUCCCACGGUCACCUUUCCCACCUCCUUCAAGCUGAUGGGCCACAAGCCCAGAGGUUGUAACCUCAUUCCUGUUAUUAUUCUCACCCCUCCUAUCUCUAACCACAGCCCAAACCAGAGCUACUUCCUUGUGAGGUGCAGCCAAGGCAGCACCCUCUGGAGGAGAUCCGCAAGAGGGGACUUCCGGCCUGAUAACUUCCGGCCAGAAAUCACACCCAACUGGAGCCAGCCCAGCUCCUGUAACCCCCCAGGGCUGGGUCCAGGGAACUCAUCAGCCACAUGGCCGUUCCCUGGCUUGACUCACUUUCAUCUCCAUGUGCAUAAGACACUAGCUUUUACAGUUAUUUUGCUAAUACUUUCAUAAAACUUAAAUUCAGGAGAAUAAAAAAUGGGACCAUGAAGUACCGUAGAAGAUAGAUAUAUGAAGGCAAACUUUUCUUUAAAAAAAUCAGGACAUGCCUGACGUGUCAAGAACAGACACAGCAGGGCUCAAGCAGGGUCAGGAGAUGAUUGGACAAACUUUCACAUCUGAAAUGUUCUGCUGCGUAUAAGCUAUCACUUUAAGGUGUAAAAAAGGGUUUUCUUUUUAUCUUUUUAUAAGGCGAGCUUCCAAGUUUUGGUUGAAAUUCCACGUGAUUCCAUUUCUGCUAUAGCUUAUCUCUUCAAAAUUCAGUUGGGGCACACACUAAAAAUUAGUUCCUGUGUAAUCCAAUGCCUGUAACAAUACUAAUAAAACCUAUUGCUUCAUAAUAAAAGGAAAAAAGACAGUCAUUUAAAAUGUCCCUGAACCCAUGGCUGGACCAGGCAGCAAUAUCACUCUCCUCCUUAGGAGAAAAGUAGGCACCCCCAUUGCCUCUCCCUCUGAUAACUGCUUCUGGCACAGCCCCUGCCUCUCACCCUCCCCUCUCCCAAAGAGCCCAUUCACUGUGAUGAGAUGAGGUGGUUAGGGUACCAAAAAAAUCAAAAUAUACAACAAAAACAA